UGUUCAGCUUUCUUUUGAAAGAUUUUCCGAUUUUUCUGCAGAGGUAUUCAAAAGCAUAAAUCACCGGUUCGAUAUGAGAUUUUUAUUACUUAUUGGCUACAAAUGACCGUCACUAACGAUUUUAUAGUUUUGUGGCGAACUGACCUUAUCCGCAAUAAGACGAAACCGCGCUGCGCGCUGUAUAUACGGACGUAAAAAAAUUGUCGGCCGUACAUACAAAGUAGUAAGGUAAUUAGGUAAAGAGAUGUAUAUAACGAAUUUACUUAGGUUCGAAGAAAACAUACAUUUUUAUUGCUUCUGGGUUUUGUCAGUAUUUAAGUUUGUAAGAAACUGUACGCAAGCAAAGGGGGUGAGAACAAAAGAAAAAUGUUACGUUAAAAACUAGUCAGUCUCAUAUUGUACGUUAUGGUUUGGGAAAUGCGUCUCUUUUUGAUAAAAUAUAAGAAAAAACCAUUUAUUUCAAUACGAAUACGCAAUAAAGGACUGUUCCAAUAGUAUGUAGAGUACUAAGACAAAAAAAUGAAAUUGUCUGUUAUACCUUGCACUUUUUAAAAUUAAAGCUCAAAUGCAUCUGAAAUUUAUGAAUGUAAAUCGUUUUCAUCAUAUGAAUAAUUGUUUAUGAAAUAUAUUCAAGUUUGAUUUUCGUUUGUUAUAUUAUUUAUUACUUGCGCUUGCAAUAAAAAAGUUAUUAACGAAAGAAUUUAUUCUUUUUUUCCUACACUCUGAAUAAUGUAUGUUUUGCAUGAAUUUUAAUGUGCAAGGCGUUGAUAAAGUAGAAUUCCUUACCUGGUUGUCAUAGUAACUCUGUAUUAUGUAUACAAAUACAAUUCAGAUAUGCUAAUACAAUAAAUAAAAUGAUGCCCUGUGUGUUAAGUCAGAGAAAAAUAAAAAAUGCAUCACUCAAGCAUUGUCAAAUUUAUAAUUAUCUUUGCAUUAUUAACGUCUCCAAUUGUUAUUCAAGGAUUUGGUGAGCAGGAGACAAAUAUAUUUGAAUACAAUCAUCCAAGAAACUGCAAAAGCAAUGAAUACUUUGAUAUUGAUUCAUUUUCUUGCAUUGAGUGUGACAAGGAGAAAAAUUUGGAGCCAUCGGAAAAUGGUUUUACAUGCGUUUGCAAUAGAAUCAGUAGAAAAGUUGGAUUUGAAUAUGACAUGCCAAAGUGCGAACAGUGUCCACUUGGUACUAUUUUGACUUCCGAUAGAAAAAGCUGCAUUCCUUGUAGAAAAGGAGAUAAUCUUACCUGUUAUUGUGGUAUAAAUGAAGUGAAAGUUGAAAGAGAAAUAAACGGGGAACUUCUAAAAACUUUAAAAUGCAUUGAGUGCUCUGAUAAUAGUUACCCAUCAUCUGAUGGUUUAAAAUGUCUGGCUUGUCAUAACACUACUGCAACCAGCCAUAUAAAUUGUGCAUGUCCAAUCACAACCCAUGUCAGAAUUCAAGACUAUUGCUUUCGUAGAAAUGAAAUAGAUCUGAUGGAUGUCCGUAAUACAUAUUUGGUACAGUUUUCCAAUGAAAAUAUAGAUAGUUAUUAUUUUAGAAAAGAAUUAAGACUGUCUGCUUAUUUAUGCAAAGAUGGUGACAAAACAGCAUGUGAGCGUUUAUCAAAUAUGUGUGCUCUUACACUUUCUGAAAAAAGCAUACCCUGCAAACUGUCGAAAUCCAAACAAGAUCCACAUUCUAUAUUGUGGAUGUUUUACGAAGAGAAUGGUUAUCCAGUUGUUGCAAAUAAUAAGAUUGUUCCAGUUAAAUAUACUCUUGACAAAAAUGAUGGAACCAAUCGACUAAACUUUACCAUUGCUACAUUUUCUCUUGAUGGUGAGCUCAAGUACAUAGAUACGCCAAACUUAUUUUGUACAUUUCUCAAUGAUGUUAGAUUUGGAGUUAAUGUUAAUAAACAGUGCAAACUCUAUGCAAAGGAAUUGACCACUAGAGAAAUUAAUUUUUUUGUGCCAUAUUUAUUAUACAAUGAUAAAGGAAAAUCAUUUUUAAGCACAUUACCUGUUUUUGUUAAAAACAGAGUUUGGCAGCCUCUGAAGAAAUUCUUUCUUAUUGAUAGUAUAUCUAGUUACAAAGCAAUGCCAAAUUUGGUAGAUGAUAGUUUCAAAAGAGAGGAUGAGCUUACUAUACUGAGAUACAUGAAAUCAAUAGAAGUUUUAAUUACAGUACAAAACGAUAAGGAAGGAGGGCAUAUUUAUUCACCUCUGAUUGUCAUUGACUAUGGAGAAUUGAAAAAGCAAGAUAUUCAAGAUAAUAAACAAAUCAAAGUUGACUAUAAAGUUAUUUUUAUUCUAACAAAUAAAAAUGUAAAUAAUUCUAUAGAGAUAGCUAUUGGAGUUUUGUCAGGAUUUGCAAUAGCAUAUUCAGCAUUGAAGGCUUGGAGCUAUUGCAAGAGAAACUUCAAUGGCAUUCUCAAUGUAGGAGUUGUAGUAUGGUUUUUCAUAUACAGCUUGGGUGCAGUUGGAAAUGUAUUAUUAUUAGUAACGACUAGUGUUUGUAUCUAUACAUUCAUUUUUUACAAAGGCCAAACAGUCCUGCAUAUUCUUCUACCCACUGACAGCGUCGAAUCAAAAAUUUGUUUAUGUACGAUAAUAGCAUUUUGUUUCAAGAUAAUAGAAAUUUUGGCGCUGAUUUAUCGUCAUCGCAACAUCAACGUCUUCUUCAUAGACUGGGAACAGCCGCGCACAAUCCAGACACCGGUUCGAUACGAUUCUCCACACACAUCUCUCAAGAAGCUUUACAACAACCGAUUUGAGCAACAGGAUAGCGUUACCAAAACUCCGAGAUCGUCGAGAAGCAAGAGACGAUCUGACGGAUCCAGUCCUGAGACCAGUCCCAGAAACUCCAACAAUAUAGCUACAAUCGAGAAACAUGCAGAGUCCUAUGGAAUUGAGGCGGAGGACGGAAUCACGGAUAGAAUUCAGCACCUGCCUGUCAGCAUUUGGAGAACUUAUUUUGUUGCUAAUGAGUGGUUUAAAAUUCAAACCAAAAGAAGGAUCAACGUAGCUUUACAGAUAAUUUUUACGCUCUUUAUGCUAGAGAUUGUAGGUUUAAAGUAUUGGACCCAACCAACACCAGAAUUACAAGUUGAUGAAAAUGAAAUUCAUGCAUCAACUGAGAAAAAUUUCACAUUGAGAUUCGGAGUUGGAGCAUUAGUUUAUAUUCUUUGCUAUUGUGUACAGUGGAUAAUUUCAAUAAUUUUCUAUGAGAGAUAUGUUAAAAAUAGAAUGCAGCAUUUCGUGGAUUUAUGUUCAGUAGCAAACAUUAGCAUAUUUAUUUUUGCUUAUGACUACUAUGGCUAUUAUAUUCAUGGACGGUCGGUUCAUGGUUAUGCUGACACAGAUCUAGAAACGUUGAUUAGCGAUUUGAAGAAAGAAGAAAAUAAUUUAUGUGCUCAUAGAGGUUUGAUACCAGGAACAACUAAUCAAACCUUUAUCGCGUCUUUCUCCUCUUCCUUUAGAGAAAUUUACCACAAACUUUUAGAUUUGCAAACUGCAAAUGAAAGCCGAUUUUCACGGAGAGAUAUUUUGGAAUCAUUGAACUGGGAAAAAAGUCUGCAAACUCAUUCAAAAAUAAAAAAAUUUCUAACGGCGUUUGUAGAUCACUGCUUUAAAGAUUUGGAUUACGUUAUAAAAGAAAGACUACUUUUGGAAAAACUAUGUGACAUUGAAAUCGGAAGUAAGGACGAUCAGUCAACGUUUUACAUAGAUAAUAAUAAUACUUUCGAUCGUGUUAUAUUUUAUGGAAACGAAUGGACUCUAGGAACUUUUGAAAUUGCUCUAUUUAUCUUCGUACAAGCUUUAUCCGAGGACUAUAUUCUUGCUUGCAUGGUGACUUUACUAAUAUCGCAGUUGCUUAUUACUAUUUGUAGAAUUAAUGGUAAAAGAAAUUUGGCUAAAAAGACGUUAAUUGAUGAACGUUUUUUGAUGUGAACAUCAUAUGUUCAACGUACAAAAUUUUUUAACUAAUUCCAAAUGUAUCAAUCCUAUAAACGUACAAUUUCUAAAUAUUUUGUAAAAAAUUGCAAAGGCUAAAAGAGAUUUCAUGCUUGCUUAAUUUCAACUGUUAUGACUCAAAAAAAUGGAUAAUCAAGAAUCUUGUUUUAAAGAUUCCUUACAAGUACUAUAAAGUAAAAUACUGUUUGUAGUGUAAUUUAUUAAUCAUACCACGCCUCUCAAUAGUAAAAAAGCUUGUUUUGUUGUUGUACGUAAGCUUUAAGUGUAUAGCUGAAGGCUUUUGAAAUAUGUAUUACCUU